AUGGAAAGUUUUCGCCAGGAAGGACGUUGGUCACUGUUGGCCGUUGUGUGUCUCGCAGUGACAGUGCGGUGCGCCGUGACCGCCAUGUUCCCUUCGCUGCAACAGCAGUUAGAUCAACAGGUCGAAUUUUCGACGCCAAUGACGUCGUAUAAAUCGCUGCGUGAAGGUUUGUUCCUUCUGCGACAUGGGCUGCCCGUAUACUCCGGAGGUGUAGUACACCAGCCACCGUUGCUUCUCAGUGUGUUCAGUCGGGUGCCCAAUUGUUGUCACAGGUACCUGUACGCGGUGGCAGACGGGGUCGUUGCAUGUCAGCUGAUGCUCGUGUCGCGUGCCCUGUUCUCACGUACUCCAGGGCAGAGACGGGUCCCCACAUGGGUCGUUGGGCUGCUGUUUGCACUGAACCCACUUGCGUUGCUCUCGUGUGUGAGCCAAUCAACCGUGUCCCUCACAAACGUGGCUCUGUCGUCAUGUGUCUACUGCGCCGUUGUGCUUCGAAACACAUGGCUCAGCGGUGUUGCACUAGCUUUCGCAAGUUACUUGAACGUGUACAAUGCGGUUCUCGCGAUACCGCUGUUCAAUGCGUUCAACGGUGCACGCCGCGAGGUGUGUCUCUUCACGAGCGUGUUUGCCCUGUGCCUUGCGUUGCUUCUCCUGCUGAGCGGGUCACAGGGCAACGGUGGUGCAUUCGAUGGGUCAUUUCUACAAGCGACGUACGGUGCGAUGAUCCGGUUCGAAUCCGUCGCUCCAAACCUCGGUCUAUGGUGGUACUUCUUCAUCGAGAUGUUCCAAGAGUUCAUCCCCUUCUUCAAGGGCGUGUUCAACGUGUUCCACGUCGGUGUUACGCCCGCCAUUGCAUGGAGGUUCAGGGGGCAACCACUGUACAGUUUUGUGAUCAGUCUACUGUGGCUCACACUCACGAAACCGUACCCUACUUUGGGGGACACAGCACUGUGCUUUGCGUACUUACCCCUGUUCGCACCGUUGUUCGGGUACCUUAAGUACCCACUCUUCUCAACACUACUGUUCCUACACGGUGUGAUGCUCUCGCCCAUUUUCUACCACCUGUGGAUCGACCUCGGGUCCGGGAACAGUAACUUCUUCUACGCAGUUUCCCUCGUGUACGCCCUGGCCCUCGGGUCCAUCAUUGCGGACUUCGUCUGGGCCAUGCUUCGCAUGGAGUACGACGGCGGCUCGCCGAACUACAAAAGACGUCUCACCCAGAUAUAA